GUUGCUGAUGCUGUUGCCCGGCGCCAGCAUCCACACAGCCAGACGGGGGUGAGCACUGUGAGCCGUCCGCGCCAGCAGCAGAGACGACAGAACGGGGGGAGAAAGAAGGAUCUUCAGCAUCCCUGGAGACUUACAGACGCAGUGAGAAGAUGACUCUGGCAGCCUAUAAAGAAAAGGUGAAAGAACUCCCCCUGGUGUCUCUGUUCUGCUCCUGCCUGAGGCCACAAGCUGCAGAAAAAGCUACUUACAAAGUAGAAGAUGCUGUGGACCUGGGUUGGUGCGCCAUCAAAGACGUGGAGGUGAUCGAGAUAAACAAGCGGACAUCGGGCCAGGCCUUUGAGGUCAUCCUCAAGCCCCCUUCCUUUGAUGGCGUGCCAGAACUCAACACCACCAUGCCACAGCGCCGCGACCCAUCCCUGGAGGAGAUCCAAAAGAAGCUGGAGGCUGCCGAGGAGAGACGGAAGUGUCAAGAGGCUGAACUGCUGAAGCACUUGGCUGAGAAGAGGGAACAUGAGCGUGAAGUGAUCCAGAAGGCUUUUGAAGAGAACAACAACUUCAUCAAGAACGCCAAGGAGAAGCUGGAGCAGAAGAUGGAGGCCAACAAAGAAAACAGGGAGGCCCUUCUUGCUGCGAUGCUGGAGAGGCUGCAGGAGAAGGAUAAACAUGCAGAGGAAGUGAGAAAGAACAAGGAGAUGAAAGAAGAGGCCUGUCGAUAGAUGAGUGAAGCUGCCGAGCCCAUCCAAUGCUUCAGACGUUCCUUUGUGUCUGUGUUAAAGGGGACAAUUUUAAAUUAUUUCAAAACAGUGCAAAAAAUAAAGGACUUCAUAAGAGCAACUUGAAUGAGUUUAGAAGUCAUGUGAAAUUGUAAUGUAACAAUUAACAAGCUCCAAAUGAUCCUGACCAAGCUGUACAAAGUUUAGGCAACGCUCGAUGUUGAAAUAUCAUUUUUGCUUCUAAAAGAAACCAGAUGAGGUUAUGGUGCUGGCGGUGAGACCACAUCAGCAUUUACACUUCAAACGUUUGACAGCUUUCAUUUGAUUUUCUUGUAGCAGGACUCAGUGAAAAACUAAACUAUAGUGGUCUCUUUUCUUUACUCAGAAAAUAAAUAAACUGAGUCAGCUUCUUAUCAUAACCAAGCUGUGUUGUUUUGCUGUAGACAAACAGGCAAAUCAGACUGAAAGUGUUCAGCUGUAAUUAAAACUGCUGACUAGUAAAACAUGGAAAAGCAAAUCAUGCAUUUCUGAAACCACCCUGGGUCCAGCUAAAACCCAACAGCUGGUCCAUUUGGGUGUCAGUUUUAUUGAAAAAGUUAACUGUGCGUGUGUGUGAGGAGGUAAAGAGGAAAAAAAUUGUAAAAUGUGUGUUUUUGCUUUUCAUUCCCAGACUCUUAGCUGUAGUGUAGUUCAGUGAUGUGCAUUUCUUUCAGAGCACCGUUUGCACUCUUUGUUUCAUUAAGCACAACUCUAAAGCACAUCUAGUAACGAAGAGGAUCAGGGCCACGGUGCAACCCCCAGAUUAAAGUCAGAAUUCAUCUAUCUAAUUCUGACUUUUUCUCAGAAUCAAGAAAAAGAAAUUGCACGGUGGCCCUGAUCCUAUUCCGUACAUAUAGUAACAGUUCCCACACGAUAAAACAGCAUUAACACCAGGAAGCGGCGGUCCAGGACUGGAUAACGUGCACUCUGUUUGCCUUGGAGUAGCGCUCUGAUUGUUCAUCAUCCUAACUGAAAUAAAAAUUAAAAAGGAUGAAAUGUGCCCGAGCAGUCGAGUCAUACGGACUUCACGUUGACGACUGAAACAUUCCUGGGAUUAACAUGGGCUUUGUACUUGCUGUACCAACAUGUUGCUGUUUAUCUUCAAGGUCUGACUGAUUGUAUUUACAGUAUUUGGCAUGAUCAGUAAAAGUUUUUAACUGAAUUCAGUUUACUGUAGUCAUUUUCAGACCAACUAUACAGUAGUUCAUUGGCUUUGAAUGAACUUUUCAGUGUGAUGAGCACAGAAAAAUGUCUAAAAAAUAGAAAGCAUGUGAUGAGAUAAGCAUAAAGUAUAAAAGCAACAAAGCACAGCAGGAAU